AGCCUGUGCAGUUUGAGCCACAUCGAUUGACAGGUGACUGGCGGUCUGAACCAUUGUGUGUUCUUCUUUAUUAUUAUUGACAGAAGAAAGGACUCAUUGUGUCUGUUAGUUUAUCCUUCCACUUACAUUUCUAGAAGCAGACCUGGGAUAGCUUCAAAAUGCAAAGACUAGAGUUAAAAGCUGUGUUACUGUUGUGCUACUCAGUGAUAUGUAUUUCUGGCAUGAGAAGAGAGUACAAUCUCAAGAUUGAAGAGGUGACUUGGAACUAUGCACCAAGCGGCAGGAACAUCAUUCAGAACUGCUCACUACAGGACGAUGAAGAUGCAGCUGUUUUUUUGGUUAAAGGCCCCCAGCGUAUCGGCUCUAUCUACAAGAAAGCAGUUUAUAAGCAAUACAGUGACACUACCUACAGGACAGAAAUUACAAAGCCAGAGUGGCUGGGUUACCUUGGGCCUCUAUUGAUGGCUGAGGAGGGAGAUACAGUGAUCAUCAACCUAAAAAAUACAGCAACCCGACCUUUCAGCAUCCACCCACAUGGACUUAACUACAGCAAAGGCAACGAGGGAGCUUUGUAUCCAGAUGGCACAAGUCAUCUGCUGAAGAGAGAUGAUGCAGUAGCCCCGGGUGCAAUGGUGACCUAUGAGUGGACCCUUCCAGAAUCUCACGGCCCAACGACUGAGGACAGUAACUGUAUGACCAGGUUCUAUCACUCGCACGUGGCCCCCCCCAAAGACAUCAGCUCAGGGCUGAUAGGACCCCUUCUCAUCUGCAAGAAAGGAACUUUGGACAUUCAUGGAGACAGUUCAGCAGACUACACGUAUGCUUUGCUGUUCAUGGUGUCAGAUGAGAACUUCAGCUGGUAUCUGGAUGAGAACAUCAAGACACACAUCGCCACUCCGGCCAAAGACCUGAAAGAGGACGAAGAUUUCAUUGAGAGUAACAAAAUGCAUGGAAUAAACGGUUUUCUGUAUGGGAAUCUUCCUGGGCUGAGUAUGUGUCAAGGCAACAAGAUCAACUGGCACAUGAUAGGUUUAGGAAAUGAGGUGGACAUGCACUCAGUUCAUUUCCAUGGCCAGAUCCUUACCACUCUGAACCACCACACGGACAUGGUCAGUCUCUUCCCAGCUUCCAGCACCACUGCUGAAAUGGUGGCUGACAACCCCGGGCACUGGCUGCUCACAUGCACCGUCAAUGACCAUCUGAUGGCUGGAAUGCAGGCUUUAUUUGAGAUCAAGAAGUGUUUCCCUAACGUCCAUAAACCCCGACCACAUGGUGAGCUCAGACAGUACUUCAUUGCUGCUGAAGAAGAGGUCUGGGACUAUGCUCCUACAGUGCCGAAUGAUAGUGAGGCAGAUGAGUUUGUAACCAGAGGUCCAAAUCGCAUUGGAAGCCAUUACAAGAAGGUUCGCUAUGUGGAGUAUACUGACAAAACCUUCACCACAAAAAUGCUACGCGCCCCAGAAGAGAAACACCUCGGAAUCCUGGGUCCUGUGAUGCGAGCCGAAGAGAAAGAUACCAUUAAGGUGGUGUUUAUGAACAAAGCCUCUCGCCCUUACACGAUACAGCCACACGGAGUGCAGUACAGUAUAGAACAGGAUGGGACACUUUACUACAAUGAGCUUGAAGAAUCAUACACAGAAAAGAGACUGCGGGAGCUCAAGAAACAACCAAGAAUUGUGACUCCUCCCCCAGCUGCUUCCGUCAGACCUGGAACAGUAUACACCUAUGAGUGGAUGGUACCUGUGGGUGCUGGUCCUGUAGAAGGGGAGGCUGAUUGUCUGACCUAUCUUUACUACUCUGCUGUGGACCCCAUUAAAGACACCAGUUCUGGGCUUGCAGGACCUCUUCUCAUCUGUCGACCCGGAGCACUGAAGAAAGGACAUCAGAAAAACUAUGAUAAAGAGUUUCACCUCAUGGCCACAGUGUUUGAUGAGAACCUCAGCUGGUAUCUGGAUGACAACAUAAGGACUUACGCCACUGCUCCCAAAACCAUCAACAAGGAGGAUGAAGAUUUCAUGGCAAGCAACAAAAUGCAUGCCAUCAAUGGGUUUGUGUACAGGAACCUCCCAGGCCUGACCAUGUGUAAGGGGGAUAAAGUCACAUGGCAUUUGUCCGCACUGGGUUCAGAGACUGACAUCAUAAGCCUUUACUUCCAUGGCAACCGCUUCCUUUACCGCCAGAACAGACGAGACACCAUCAGUGUCUUCCCUCACAUCUCACACACCGUCACCAUGGAGCCAGACAGCAUGGGCCAGUUUGAAGUUGUGUCUGCUACAGUGGAUCAUUAUCGUCAUGGAAUGCGAGCAAACUACACUGUGGAAAAGUGUGGUCUGUUUCAGCGUCAGGGAGAGGUGAUGCUCCAUUCAAAAACCUACUAUAUCGCUGCCAUGGAAAUGGACUGGGACUAUUCUCCAAAUAGGACCUGGGAGGCAGAGAUGUUCCGUGGGCAACCAGAGAAUCCCGCUCCUGUCUUUGUAGACCCAAGUGGUGGUUUUGUAGGGUCUCGUUACAAGAAGGUUGUCUACCGACAAUUCACCAACGAUAAGUUUACCAAGCAGGUGGAACGAGCAGCUGAUGUGGAACAUCUCGGCAUUAUGGGCCCAAUGAUCCAUGCCAACGUGGGUGACAAAGUCAGAGUGGUUUUUAAGAAUAUGGCAUCCAGACCUUAUUCCAUCCACGCCCACGGUGUAAAGACAGAAAGUCCUGAUGUACAUCAAACUGGACCAGGAGAAACACACACCUACACAUGGUACGUCAACAAGAAUACAGGACCAACCCCAGAGCAGGAGGAAUGCUCUGUAUCUGCAUACUACUCCACUGUAGAUGUCACAAAGGACCUUUACAGUGGACUGAUCGGUCCCUUAGUGAUCUGCCGCCGCAGCUGGGCCAGGAGUCUUGGAUUGAAAAAGGAAGUUGAAGAGUUUGCACUGCUUUUCAUGGUCUUUGAUGAGAACGAAAGCUGGUAUCUGGAUGAAAACAUUAAGAAACACAUAAGAAACCCUCGCCCAAACCUAAAGGAAGAUGAAACCUUUAUCGAGAGCAACAAGAUGCACUCAAUAAAUGGUUAUGUUUAUGGUAACUUGAAUGGUCUGACCAUGGAGGUGGGUGAUAAGGUGUACUGGUACCUGAUGGGAAUGGGCAAUGAAGUGGACAUACACACUGUGCACUGGCAUGGCCAUAGUGUGGAAUAUAAGCUGAGUGGAGGUCGUCACCGUGUUGAUUCAUAUGAAUUGUUUCCAGCCAUCUUUCAGACAGUGAAGAUGCGUCCUCAGUAUCCUGGUACGUGGCUGCUUCACUGCCACGUCACUGAUCACAUUAAAGCUGGAAUGGAGGCGAUGUAUACUGUGACUGAGAAAGCAAAGAAGACGUGGGGCUGAAUGCUGAGGAACGGGGAAAAUGGAAAACUGCAAAAUGAUGUUGAUUUCUGUGCCUAAUCAACUGAAUGCCCAUGUUUGUAAUAUCAGUUUCCAGUGAACAUGUCCUGGCACAAUAUGGACACAGAAUUAAUAAUUAAUUUUAUAUUAAAAUGUGUAUUUCUAAAUAUCUA